AAAACCGCAUCGUUCACAUAGCGCUGUGUGUGUGUGCGUGUGUGUUUCGUGUGCGUGCGCGUGUGUGUGAGUGUGUACCGCUUACGUUUGUGUGUGUGAGUGCGUCCGUCGGUCGUGUACGCCGAUACAAUACCAUCAUAACGCGAUCCCGAUACCGACUCGCCCGUCCAUUCACGCAGUCAUUAAUCUCAUUUAGUUGUCGUUAUUAUUAUUACUGCAAUCGUCGUUAUUACACGUUUGGUUACUUUGAGUUUAUUUUAUUUUCCCCCCCGGUGUCGUCCGCUUUGCAUGGGAUCGUCGUCUGUCUUCUGCCACUGCCGCCGCCGCCACUGCAACACCCUACUCCGAGCUCAAAGGACUUAAUUAAUUUAAAUAAUUUAAUAUAUAUUUGGAACAAUAUCAAAUAAAAUGCGGGAAUACAAAAUAGUUGUUCUGGGCAGUGGUGGAGUUGGUAAAUCUGCAUUAACAGUGCAGUUUGUACAAGGAAUAUUUGUUGAAAAGUAUGAUCCAACCAUAGAGGACAGUUAUCGUAAACAAGUUGAAGUGGAUGGACAACAAUGUAUGCUUGAAAUUCUUGAUACAGCUGGAACGGAACAAUUUACAGCUAUGAGGGAUUUGUAUAUGAAAAAUGGACAAGGAUUUGUUCUUGUAUAUUCCAUUACAGCGCAAUCUACAUUUAAUGACUUACAAGAUUUACGAGAACAAAUUUUAAGAGUAAAGGACACUGAUGAUGUCCCUAUGGUAUUAGUGGGAAACAAGUGUGAUUUAGAAGAAGAAAGAGUAGUCGGCAAAGAACAUGGCGUGAAUCUUGCUCGUCAAUUCAAUUGUGCUUUUAUGGAAACAUCCGCUAAAGCUAAAAUUAAUGUCAUUGAUAUAUUCUAUGAUUUAGUGAGACAGAUCAACAAAAAAAGUCCAGAGAAAAAACAGAAACAAAAAAAGAAGUCGCUAUGCGCUCUUCUCUAAAUAGCUUAAUAACAAUGAUGAUACAACAAUCAAUACCAUCAAUCCACGUAGAGAAAAAGGAAAGUUUAACAAUGUGGUAAAAAUAUUGUUUUAUGAGUCAAUGCUAAAUUUGUUAUUGCUUACUAAUUUUUAUUUUAAAUGGCUAAAUCGACUUUU